AUGUCCGGUUUUACCGAAAAUGCGUUGAUUCGAAAGUUACAGGAUCUUAAUUCAAGUCAACAAAGUAUACAAACAUUAUCACUAUGGCUAAUACAUCACCGUAAACAUCAUGCCGCUAUAGUUAAAACAUGGUAUAAGGAGCUUCUGAAAGCUAAAGACAACAAACAAGUAACGUUUAUGUACCUAGCUAACGAUGUUAUACAAAACAGUAAAAAGAAAGGUCCGGAAUAUGGUAAAGAGUUUGGGGCCGUGUUAAUAGAUGCAUUGAAGCACAUGGCUAAGACUGGGAUAAACGCAAAAACGAAACACGCACUGCAUAGAAUAUUAAAUAUAUGGGAGGAAAGAGGUGUGUACGAACCGGAGAGGAUACAGGAAUUCAAAGUUGCUGUUGAUCCAAAUGACGCUGAAGUUACAAACACUAAAAGAAAGGUUGUCGAUAUAGAAACAAAAGACAAUAGUAAGAAACCAAGGGUUGAAGAAAAGAUUAGGCAAAAAGAACAUAAGGAAAGACGAAAAAGUGAUGCUAAACUUGAAUCGAAGGCUAGUUCUGAUGGACAUAAUGAUAAUCAUUCUAGCAGCCCUAAGCCACCACCCGGCGAUCCGCCAGAACCUGAAGAACUUAUCAAGGCCCUACUGGAACUUGAAUCCAGCGCUUCAAGUGAUGAAGCUGUUAGAGAACGUAUCGCCUCCCUUCCUCCGGAAGUUUCUGAAGUUCAAUUAUUAUCUAAGUUAGAAGAUAAAGAAUCGGCUCUAAGUCUUAGUGCUGUUGUGAAUUCAGCAGUAGAAUUACUGGCCGAGUACAAUUUAAGACUAUCCGAAGAAUUGGACAAACGAAAUAAAGUUGCAGAUAUGUUAAGGGACUUUGAACAAGCACAGAGGGAAUUAGCAAAGAAGGCUGAGGCUAAAUUAGAGGAGUACAACAUAAAACUUCAAAAGAUCUACGAAGUGAAAGCCGAGGUGAAGUCUCAUAUAGAGAAUUUGCCAGAUGUUUCGCGCCUGCCUGACGUCACAGGGGGUUUGGCGCCAUUACCAUCCGCUGGGGACCUCUUCAAUAGUAGAUCGAUGGACGAACAAUAUCAGUUACCGCCAAUUGGUGAUGUCAUCAUUGUAUUUUUUGCCUACCCUGCAUUCUAUCUGGAGCUUGCUUUAGGUGUGGUGACAAAGAAAGGUGUUCUUAAUUGCUGGGAUUUGGCUCCCGUGGCGAGAGGUCUGGGUCUAGCGAUGUUAGUAUUAUGUACGUUUACGGCUUUGUCUUUGAGUGCUGUGAGUUCAUGGUGUUUGGCGCUAGUGGUUCAUUCGUUUCAUUCGUUCUUACCUUGGCUCCACUGUGCAUCAACGGCUAACCCGCCGUGUGCAGCUCGACAUAGGCCGUUACCCGCUGGCAGUGAGACCCCACCUCAGUCUUUCUUCUUUAACUUCGUUCUGAAGUUGAAACGUGACGGACUGCAGGGAGGUCUAGGGAGUAUUGUAUCAGAAUUGUCUGUUUAUUACGUCAUAUCCUGGAUACUGGUGUACCUAAUUGCGUGCAAGAAAAUCUAUAGCUAUUCGAAACUAGUGCUCUUCAAGGAUUCCUUAGCGUUUUUCGUUUUGGUGUGGAGUGCGUUUGGUGUGAUCAGAUUAAAAGGAUCAUCGCGUAUGUUUUAUGAUUGCGAUUGGAAUGUUCUAUUUGAAAGUUUUCAGAUUUGGCGGGAGGCUUUGGAAUUUGCAUUUAUUCAAAUGUCAGUAUCCCAAGGAACCCUAAUUAUGUUGGGAUCCUAUUGUCCUAAACAGAAGCGUAUGCUUGGGAAUACAUCAGUAUUUGCUUUCGGCGUUUCUAAAAUCAGUUGUUCAGCAACGGCUCUUAUUCUUGGAGGUGCCCAUGGCGCUUUGAAUUGGGAUUAUGACAAUAACAGCACUCAUAUUGUGAAAGGUUCUUCCGCGUCAAUUAUAAUUUGGGCAGACUUUGUUGCCAGAGCACCUGGAACCCAGUUCUGGUCGACUUUGACAUUUUUUACACUGUUUGUUUUAUCUGUUUGCUCAACGGGUGGAAUGUACAUUUUGAAUUUCCUUUUGACUUGGCCUGUAUCAAAACCGCGAAUUCCUAUCGCAGCUGUCGUGGCCCUCGUAGUGACGUAUCAAUACGGACAGAGUACAUUCUGUGAGGAUGUAUUUUAUGCUGUGGGGGAAUACCCUUGUGUAUUUUUAAGAGUCUGUUGGGCUUUGACACCGAUUUUCCUCUUAAUAACUUUUGUAUCUGGGAUGGCUUCGUCGGAGCCGGAGUCGGUCGCGGGCUGGUCGUUGGUGAUGACGUCACUACUGCCACUCGCCGUAUUAACUUUCCUUUUCCUCGUUUAUAAAUUUAGAGUUCGGAACAUCGUCGCUACGGAGAAGUGA